CAUAUUGUCGCCUCAGUCAUAGCCCGAUAAUGGAGCCCGUCUAUCCAAAAGUACCGCUCGAGGAGCCCAAAACGCUGACCGGUCAAGUGCAUGAGCAGCCGCAAGUCGAACAACAGCGCCUGUUGCCACCCACUUACGAUCAGGCAACUGCGACGCCAGCGCAGACCUCGGGACCGGGAGUGACAGCGACUGGAACUGCGAUUCCAGCGGUGACCACUGGACCAUCGACCACACAGCACACGGUGAUUGUGGUGCCUGGCUCGGCGUAUGGACCCGAACCGCAGGAUGUCCAGUGUCCUUAUUGUCACAACUAUACACGCACUCGGGUCUCGUAUCGUCCGAAUUCACGCACACAUCUUAUUGCGCUGCUGCUCUGCCUGUUUCAGCUGUGGUGCUGCGUCUGCUUGCCGUACUGCAUUUCCAGCUGCAUGAACACCAAUCACUAUUGCGGCAUGUGCGACCAAUACUUGGGCACCUAUUUGCGCAAGUAAAUCCCAGCGAACGGAAGUGACCAGAGAAGAAGAAGAAGAAGAAGCAAAGAGAUAGAUACAAAAGUGCUGCUAAUUACACACAUACACACAUACAUACACCUGUUUUGUAUACCUAAGAUAAAUCGUUCAAAUACAUUGUUUAGUUAGUUUUAUCUGAA